AUUGUUCCUGGAUCUCGGGGUGAGAGUUGACUGGAACAUGUGGUUAGACAUGGCUGCGCCCUGCUGCCAUUCAGGACCGUGACUGUUGAACAGGGGAUGGGAAUAGUUCAGCGCUUAUUUAACAUCUCUUUCGUGGAUCAACAUGGCAGACAACGAGAUGUUUGAGAAAGACACAGGCCAAGGCCAGACGGUAUCCAGGGCGAUGAUUAUUGAAAUGCUGAAUAAGAAGUUUGAAAGGCUCCCUGAAAUCGACAAAAAACUCUUUUCAUACGGCCCCAUAUAUUUGGCUGGCAACGCUGGGUUGGCUGGUUUGAUUGCCAACAGCUUUUACAGACGUGUGCUCAAUGUCACGCAAGGACGAUUUACUUCCAGUCUUCCCAUGGCUGUUCUUCCCUUUCUGACAACUGCAGCACUGUACACUGCGACCGUAACAAACCCCUUAAUGACAGGUGAUCUGAACUGCCCAACCUGUACUUUGAUAAGAGGGGCUUUGGUUGGUGUGGUUGGUGGUGGGAUAUAUCCCAUUUUGUUGGCCUUACCUGUAAAUGCUGGUCUUGCAGCCAGGUAUAACAGUGCACCAAUGCCAGAGAAAGGGAACAUGAUACGCUUCUGGACAAACCUCAGCAAACCCGUCGUACGGAAGAUGUAUGUUGUUCUACUGCUGCAGGGUUUGUUUGGAACCUACUUGAGCUCUAAACAGUUUGAUAUCUACCUAAAAAUGCUUAAAAUACCAGAUUCUGACAGCGAAGAGCUUAAUGGGUAGCAUUUAUUGUUUUUUGUAUUGAUAUUGUAAAUCUUUUUGUUAAAAGAAGUGAAGCAUGCUCAUCCAGUGACAUGAGCCAGCCUUUUCAGAUUUAUUCAUUGGUUUUGAUGUCUUUUCCCCCAUGAAUAAACAUAACUUAUAACA